GCGCGCGCGCGCCUCAUUUGCAGUUUGUGAGCGCGUGUCACGCUGCAUGGGAGGGGUCCUGCUCUGCUGAAGUGCGGAGGCAGCGGCGUGCUCGCGCGCGUUGAUGUGCAUGCACAGUGAGUCAUCUCCGUGAAUGAAAACAAGACGACGGCUUUGGAGUGGGAGGAAUUGGAAAGUAACCUUCGUAAAGGUGGCGAAUGUGGCAAUGCAAACGUGAGCGAGUUGUGUUGACGCAUAAUCUCGCCCGCCCCGCUUCUUCUGUGGGGGCAGAAGAGCCAUCCUAGACCUAAAGUCAAAUCCUGGAGGAGAGAUUUACGACUGAGCCGCUGCACCUUCACUUGGCAUUUUUUCCUCCUUUUUGGGGGGCGGGGGUGGCGCAUCAUUCAUUGGAGCGGAACGUCAAGCAGAGGACGACCUUUUUUUAAAGAGUUUCGACUGAAGAAAAAAAUAAUAAAUUAGGAGCGCCAGCGUGCACCGUUUGAUGCGUCUUGACGCGGGAGACACCACCUGAGUGAGUCGACUAUUUGAUCGCAGUCGUUCCGCCGCAGAUCUGGAGCGAUGACAAGCGCACCGCUGGUUCCACGGUCCGCCUGCUGACGGUACCGGGCCAGGAUGGGAGAGAGGUCUGCCGCUGUCAGGAUCUCGAAGCAGCCGAUUUUUCAAUGGAGGAGGAGAGCGACACCCGAAAAAUUAACAGCAGCUUCCUUCGCGACCACAACUAUGCAACAGAAGCUGACAUUAUCUCAACAGUGGAGUUUAACUCAUCGGGUGAGCUGUUGGCCACCGGGGACAAAGGAGGCAGAGUGGUUGUCUUCCAGAGGGAGCAGGAGAGUAAAAGCCAGCCCCAGCGUCGAGGGGAGUACAAUGUUUACAGCACAUUCCAGAGCCACGAGCCGGAGUUUGACUACCUGAAAAGUUUGGAGAUAGAGGAGAAGAUCAACAAGAUCAAAUGGCUUCCACAGCAGAAUGCCGCCUACUUCCUGCUCUCAACUAAUGACAAGACGGUGAAGCUGUGGAAGAUCAGCGAGCGAGACAAACGGCCGGAGGGCUACAACCUGAAGGAUGACGACGGGCGCAUCAGGGACCCGUCCACCAUCACAUCUCUACGAGUGCCGGUGUUGCAACCGAUGGAUCUGAUGGUUGAAGCCACAGCCAGGCGAGUGUUCAGCAACGCCCACACCUACCACAUCAACUCCAUCUCCGUGAACUCUGACCUCCAGACCUUCAUAUCCACCGAUGACCUCCGAGUGAACCUGUGGAAUCUGGAGAUCACUGAUCGCAGCUUCAACAUUGUGGACAUAAAACCCGCCAAUAUGGAGGAGCUGACCGAAGUGAUCACCUCAGCAGAGUUUCAUCCCCAGCAGUGUCACACUUUUGCAUAUAGCAGCAGCAAGGGCUCAAUAAGACUUUGUGACAUGAGGCAAGCUGCACUCUGCGACAAGCAUUGCAAAUACUUUGAAGAGCCGGAGGAUCCCGCCACCCGUUCCUUUUUCUCCGAAAUCAUCUCAUCCAUCUCCGACGUGAAGUUCAGUCACAACGGUCGGCACUUGAUGACGAGGGACUACCUCACUGUGAAGGUGUGGGACCUGCAAAUGGAGAACAAGCCGCUCGAGACGUACCAGGUUCAUGACUACCUGCGGGGCAAACUUUGCUCCCUGUAUGAGAACGACUGCAUCUUUGACAAGUUUGAGUGUGUCUGGAAUGGAUCAGACAGCGUCAUAAUGACUGGCUCCUACAACAACUUUUUCCGAAUGUUUGACCGGAACACCAAACGGGAUGUCACGCUGGAAGCAUCCAGAGAAAACAGCAAGCCAAGAGCCAUUCUUAAACCUCGCAAGGUGUGCGUGGGCGGCAAACGCAGAAAGGAUGAGAUCAGCGUGGACAGCUUAGACUUCAGUAAGAAGAUCCUUCACACCACGUGGCACCCGCACGAGAACAUCAUCGCUGUGGCGGCCACCAAUAACCUUUACAUCUUCCAAGACAAGGUCAACUAAAGCUUACAGACAGGACAGGGGCAUUAGGAUGACAGAGAAACAAGUAUGGAGUCCUGAUGUACAUCCAGCACCUCACUUGGGGUUGUCGCUGCUGACUUGAUGCGCCCAAUGAGAAUGUGCAGUGUUUUCCUGGAAGUGGACGUCCAAUUCUGUAAUCUUGGGGGACAUGACAAGGGUUUCUGGUCAUUUAAUUUAUUUAGCCAUGCUCGCAUGGACAGAAGAGAACCCUUCGCAACAAGAUUACAGCUGCAUGAGCAGCAAGAUGUAGCAAGACCCGUGAGACAAAAGAGGGCGGGGGGCAAUGCAAUGAGCAAAACAGAGCACGUGUGGUUGUGACUCUUUGUCAUGUAGCCGGAGCGCCCUCUCUCCAUCUAUCUGCUGUGGUGCAUGUGAGGCAUCAGUUUGGACGGCACAGCCAACUGCUGCAAGUUCAAAGGGCAGGGGGGAAAAAGACUGUUUUCUACCUGCCGUCAGUCUUUCUACUUUAGUCCGUGACGUAAAUGAGGCUGUUUUUAAUGAUUUUAUUUAAUACUGGUCAAUGAGUCUGUUUAGCUGCUGUGGUGCCUUCUUUUGGUAUGUGGGGUUUCAAAGUAGAGGGUGGGAGGAUUGGGGUAAGGGCGUGGCAAGUGUAAAUGUUUCAAGGGUGGGGGGUGAGUGGGGGUCGUUUUCUCUCCCGUCUGUCUGUUAUGAACCGAACAAAAAUCAUUUUAAGGUGAAGCAAUGCUUGAGGCAACAAGAAUGAUGAUGACAUCACAAGCCUCUCUGCAAUGUGAGAUCUCUUUACAAGUGAUACGGGAAAGCCAGCUCACACCCCCGCUUCAACUGAAAGCAACAAUUUGGUAAACUGUACAGAAAAAAAGUUUACAAUUUCCACUUAAAGGAGGCUUAAAAUGCAUUUUUUCAUACAUUUUAGCAGUUCCCAGGUGACCAAAUAAUGUGUCUGCUUUCGUCCAAAUAUCGCAAGAAUCAAGAAUUAUAGCACACAUUACACACCCUAUUUUUUGUCUUGCUAAAAUCAGGCAGUUUUUAGGAACAGGAGUCUUGGAACGAACAAGGCUUCGGGGAGAGUGUGUGUGUCCGGCUGCUUUCUUCUACUUGGGAAAGCAGUGUGUGUGGGGGGGUACUCUGGGCUUCAACUUGUGGAGGCAGCAGUUCAUAUUAUUCCCUAUUCUGUGUGUAUGGGGUGCACAGGCACAAAUUAAAGAAUACAUCUUCCAUUACCUAUGUCCCCUUCAAGAGACAAAUUGCAAUUCUAAACUGUUGCAUGUGACGUAAGCCGAUGAAGUUUCGAUCAUUGAACUUCGACGGACUGUCUGAAGCACUCGGUGAGAUCGUACUUGCUUUCCUCAAUUAUGUUUUCAUCUCAGAUUGUUUGUCCAUGCCCGUUGGUGGAAUGUGGUUUCACGUUGCAGGGUUGAUUUUAGCACCUGUCGGAGCUUUUGUGUUAAGAACCAGCGUCCACUGAGGUAAGCACUCAAUAAAAAGGUCUAAGCAAAAACUCUGUGAAAUCAGGGAAUUCAUAACUGUACAUAUGCUUCCUUUAAACAGUACCACCUUGAUUUGUGAAACUUUUAUAGCUCAGAAUGUAUUAAUAUGAAUGACCAUGGCGUCUUUAUGCUCACUGGACUUUUCUUUGAUUAAAAAAUAAGUAAUAAAGAUGUGCAAAUUCAAA